AUGAGCAUGAGCAUGAUGCCAUUGUCCACGGAUGCCUGUGCCACCGCUAUUGGCGAGCUUGACAUCACCUCGCUUCCACUCGAGACGCGGUUCCCGCCGUUCCCUCUGAGGCAGUACGGCGGGUUCUGGCUGUUGGAGAAGUUCCUCCAGGGCGUUCCGGCCGUUCACUCCGUCUUCGAGCCAAGGUCGUCGGACAUCCUCCUCGCCAGCUUUCCCAAGUGCGGCACCACCUGGCUCAAGGCCCUCGCCUUCGCCACGCGCAACCGGGCCGAGCACCCUCUGCGUGGCCUCGACCACCCGCUCCGCCGCCGCAACCCCCACGACAUCGUCCAGUACUUGGAGCUGCAGCACGCGCAAUCCAUGGGCCACGUGGUGGCGGCGCUCCCUUCGCCACGUGUGCUCUCGACACACCUGCCAUACUCCCUCCUGCCUCGACGCAUCACCACGGAGGAGUCCGCCUGCAGGAUCGUCUACAUCUGCCGGGACCCCAAGGACGCAUUCGUCUCCUCGUGGUUCUUCACCAAGAAGACAGUGGCGGCCGCCGCUGCGAGAGCACGAACCGGCGAGGAGCCGCCGCCGUACAUGUUUGAGGAGGCCUUCGAGCUAUUCUGUGAUGGCAUAUGUGUCAGUGGCCCGCAGUGGCGCCACGUGCUGGGGUACUGGGAGGCGAGCAGGAGGCAGCCUGAGAAGGUGCUCUUCCUCCGGUACGAGGAGAUGCUUCAGAACCCUGAGAGCAACGUGAAGAAGCUGGCGGAGUUCAUGGGGUGCGCCUUCUCCGUCGAGGAGGAGGCGACCGGGGUGGUGCAGGACAUCGUGGAGCUGUGCAGCCUCGAGAGCCUCAAGAACAUGGACGUGAACAAGAGUGGCAGUCAUGGUCCGUUGGCGCAUGAGUCCUUCUUCAGGAAGGGUGUGGCCGGGGACUGGAGCAACCACAUCACGCCGGCCAUGGCGGAGAGGCUCGACAAGAUCGUCGAGGACGCGCUGCAAGGCUCGGGAUUCACCUUUGACGUCGCAGAGCCGUCUGCAUGA